UCAGUCCGUUAGCAGACACCCCAGCCUCCUCCUCCUCGGCUCUAUCAUGGCUCCCUCGGUAGACAGGCAGGGAUACUGGGGCCGGCCGACCUCAACGCUGGACUGGUGCGAGGAAAACUAUGUCGCGUCUUUCUACAUGGCGGAAUUCUGGAAUACUGUCAGCAACCUGAUUAUGAUCCUUCCUCCCAUCUGCGGGGCCAUCCAGACGUAUCGUGACGGCCUCGAGUUCCGCUACACCUGCUCUUUCCUCGGACUCGCAGCUGUUGGUGUUGGGUCCUGGUGCUUCCACAUGACGCUGCUGUAUGAGAUGCAGCUACUGGAUGAGUUGCCAAUGAUUUAUAGCACUUGUGUCUUCGUCUACUGUCUAUAUGAGUGCUUCAAAGAAAAAAACAGAAUUAGUGUAUUACCUAUUGCACUAUUAAUGAUCUUCAGCGUCACAGUGACUGUGGUUUACUUACAGUGGAAGGAGCCAGUGUUCCAUCAGGUCAUGUAUGGAGCUCUAGUAGCUUGUCUAGUGAUGCGCUCCAUCUACAUUGUUACGUGGGUGUACCCCUGGCUCAGACCGCUGUGUUACACCUCCUUGGGGAUCUUCCUGUUAGGAUUCCUACUGUGGAACAUUGACAAUAUCUUCUGUGACUCAUUGAGAGCCAGCAGGAAAACACUGCCCCCUGGUGUUGGAGUAGUAACACAGUUCCAUGCCUGGUGGCAUAUCUUCACAGGCCUGGGAUCCUACCUGCACAUACUGCUCAGCCUGCAGUUCAGGUUAACCUACCUCCAGCACAGACCAAAAGUAACGUUCCUGUGUGGAGUUUGGCCCACGUUGCACAUCGAACCACAGAAGAUGAGCUGAGUUGAAGGGAUGGGCAGCAGCUUGAGGAUGGUGACUGCCAUAAUCCACACACCAUCGGCACAGGGACCUGCCAGUGCUCGCUGCUGGGAGUUCAGACACCAGGCAGGUGGCAGGUGGACCCUCAGACACCACCCCAGGGAGCCUUCUGUUCUGCAAUGUGGGGAUUUACUAAGUACAGUAUAGCACUGAUUCCAAUUUUAAAAAGUGUAAGAAUUUUCCUCAUCAAUCACAACUUAUUAGACUAGAUUUUCUGUAUCUUUGUUGUAAUUUCAUUUAAUUUUCAGUGCAAAAAUGAUGGGUAGUCCACUGCACUGGUAACUGUUGAAUAUGUUAUAGUUGUUAGCUUGAUUAGAGUUUGGGAAACGUAUUCACAUUAGAUUAUUAUUCGUGUUAUGUCCGAUUUUGUGAAUGUUUGAAUCCCCAUUAGCCCAAUGGUAUCAAAUAGGUCCCUAAGCUAAAGUUUUAAAUAAAACUAUUGCUUAUGUGUAGUUUCAAAAGGAGCUGAAGGAGCUGGAUCAACAACUCAGUGUUUUCAUUACCCUUUUCCAGGAGUCUCAUAUUGUGUUUGUUUGUGCUCACUACAUGUGGGGUGACACUAACUACCAGCUAAAAAGUCUAGUCUAACGUAGGGCUGAGUCACAAAAAUUAAAUAUCUGCAAUGAGUUUAUUACAUUACAUUACAUUUAGCUGACGCAUUUAUCCAAAGCAACUUACAAUAAGUGCAUUCAACCAUGAGGGUAUAAACCAAGAACAACAAGAAUCAAUAAAGUACAAUUGUCUUCAAGAAAGCCAAACUACAAAGUGCUAUAAGUAAGUGCCAUUUAAGUGCUACUAAUUUUUCGGUUUAAACUAAAGUUUAAAUAAUAUUUAAUGUAUAGCCCUACUUCUAUCCGAGGAGUGCAGUAGUGAUACCACAAACCUUGUGUAGCAGCUCCUCAGCAGUCCGUGUUUGUGAACCCGCACCAUGCGGCCCAACUGCUGUUCAAUCAUUCAGGCUGCAUUUUUAUAUAAAUACUGGAAAUCUCCUUUUCUUAUUUUGCUGUUGUUGCCAAAGUCGCUCUGGGAUUUAAAACGUUCAUGUAAUUAUACAUCUUUAAAAACAAACUAGAAAAAAUGCAGCGCUUACAAAAAAGUUUUGUUACUAAACGUCAUUGCACUGACUUUUCGCUUUUGUUCAGGACCAGGUUAAACUUUGUUCCGCUAUAUGGUCCGCUAUAUGGUCCGGAACAAAGUUUAACAAGUUAUGUUAAAUCUGUAUUACAUCUACAUCCUUUAUGUAGUUGUUUAAGUUCACACAAGUCCGUGGUCUCUGAAGGACCAAGGCCCGAGGGCCACUUUUCAAACCCACAGGGAUUUUGUGUUGAGUUUUGUGUUGGGUUAUUGUAUCAGAUUUACAUCCGCUUCCAUUGAGAAUGUGUUAGACGUAGAAACCACUUUGUUGAGAUCUGACCAGUGUCCUGAGUGUGAUCAAACAUCAGUGGAAAUGCACCAUGUCAGUGUGUCUGUAGUGUAACUGGAACCAUUAUCCCUGGUCAGAUUAUUACAGCUGAUGAGUUCGGCUCACAUGGAUGGCAGGAUGAGUUUGAUAGUUGAAACCCAGUGACCUAAACCAGCACACAAAGAUGAACUCUUUACAAAGCUUUUUUUUUAUAUUAUUAUAAUAGUUGAUCAUCAAGGGACCAAGUGCAAGUAAUGAACAUAUCGGAAUGAUGCAUCUUAUUAAGCUGCAGGGAAUGAAGCACUAGACACAGCCAGUUCCGGCAAGCCUACACUCCCCUGCUUCCUUUACUGUCACAACACUGAACAGUAUUGUGUCCAGAUCUAAGGAUUACUGGAUUUAAAUCAAAAGCUAUGAAGUAAUUUUACGUACUGAUACAAAACUCCAACAUCUCCCCAAAAUAUUUCUAGAUUUUAUUUAUUUCUUCUUUCAUUAAGUGACCAUGUGGCAUCAAGAUGAAAAGUAGAACGGCAAAUGAUUACCAUGCAGAGGAGUUGAACAGUCUCUGAUACAGCCACUAGGUGGCGGAAUUAUCCAGUUUAUUUCAGACAUUGCCAAGCCGAUAACCUUACUUAUAGCAGCUCAGAAAAACACUAAUAAUCUGAGGCCUGAGUUUGAAUGUGCUGGAUCUGUGGUGGAAAAUGAAGGGCUUUUUAUUUACAAUUUUUGUUUGGUACUGUGAAAUCUUGGACAUGUCGUGGUAACAAUAGAACUUGAGGUAACUGGUGAACUGGAAUAUGCACAACAUGAUCGCUGUAUGAAGACACAGCCUGUAUUAUCUCCUGCAUUGAUUUUCACUAUUGAUUAAUACACACCUUGUCACUAACCUGUAUAUGACUGAGUGUAACAGCUGCUUAGAGCCAGUGUUACUAGCAUUGAAAAGCACAGAAGUACAAUGUAUGGAGGAGACGUAUUAACGUCUCUGUGUGUGUUAUCACAGCUCAUCAGCUGUCAAAGAGGGUGCCUUAUUGUUAUCCUUGCAGUGUAAUCCAAGUUGCCUUGACGUUUGUGAUAAACCACUGAAGUCGUCCUCUGUGUUUUGCAAUGUGUCCUUCCCCCCUGGUUAUUAGCAGUGAAAGAAUCAGGAGGUCGAAUAACAACAGCUUCGAAUGCAAAGUGUGUGCCUGAGUCUUUGGCCUUCCAUUCAUUUCAUGUGUCCAACAGCUGAGUUACAGGUCGUUUUACUGAUGUUAACUGUAGUUGAAACACUUCUUAUACUUACAUGUUGAGGCCAGAAGAGCUGUUUUAUUUUAGCUGAACUUUGUGUCAGUCUUUGAUGAUGCCCUGUAUUGUCAAAAUAAAAGGAAAGGUUUCAGACUAAA